AUGGCAGACAAGCCUGACAUGGCGGAAAUUGCCGGCUUCGAUAAGACCAAGCUGAAGACGAUGGAGACGCAGGAGAAGAACACCCUGCCAACCAAAGAGACCAUUGAGCAGGAGAAGCAAGCGAAGUGAAAUUUCCUAAGAACCUGGAGGAUUCUCCACCCCCAUCAUUUUGGAGACCCUAGUCAUGAU